AUGUUUUUACAGCGUGCAUCGGCUUGCCCAGAGGAAGAUCCCGACCACGACCAGUGGUUCGAGUAUGCAGUCGUGAAGGGCGAGAAGGUCGGCGUCGGCUGCGCGUGCAUGCGCCACGGGGCGAUAUGGCAGGAGCGCUUCUCACUGGAGGGUAGCGCCAAUGAUGUGCUGAAGAGGGCCAGGAACGGCGCAGAGUUUGGCAACCUUUUCGACAAUUACGAGAAGGCGAUGCAAGGCUCAAUGAGCAUGCCAUCCUCCUUGUCCGAAGUUGUUUGCAACGAGUGGCUGAUGUUGCGGGUUAUCAAGCCGCGCACUGGAUGCACCAGGCAGGGCUUCAUCAACGCCAAGAAGGUCACCCCUGAGGCAUGCGGCAUGCAGACCCAGCUGCUCCCGAAGAUCAGCGGUGAGAACUACAGAAGGUACCUGCUGCUAGAUGCAGAUGAGGAGAACUCCACCAAGUAUGAGCUAGUCAGGGAAAUCAAGAUCGACAAAUCGACGUUCCACCUGAAGCUUGAUUCUUGCUACCAUGAGGAUCUUCCAGACAUGGUGUUCAAUGCCCUUCUCAAGCAGACCGAGGCCAACAGCCCCGUCUGGGCCAAGAUUAGGACCACGACCUGCACGCAGGAGCAGAUUGACGGACUUGAUGGCUUGACGACGCCAAAGAACCAGACUGUAACCAAGGGCUCGGCUACGCCUGCCCAGACUAGCUUGAACACCAGGGGCGUGCCUGCGAGGAGCAGGGGCGAGAAAACUCAGCUCGCCGAUGGGGGCUUCGAGUCUCCGAUGGACAUCGUGAAGCGGAAGAAGGAAGCCACGCCCGUUGCAGAGGCCCUCUUGGGCAGAAAUCUGAACCGCCAGCUCCGCCGGGCACGGGUCGACGGGGGCAACCUCGCCAGAGACCAGCACAAAGACGCGUCGAACGAGCUUUCUACUCACAUCAAUGCUGUCGAAGCUGCCUUUUGGUCUGGGACUUCCGACCUGAAGACCGAAGAGAUGACCGACGUCGUCGAUGGGCUAGACAGGCUGGGCGCCUACAUGCACCAGUUGCCCAUCGGGAAGCAGCGGCACCUGAUGGAGAGGAGGAUCUGCACGGUGGUAGCAUCAGUUGUCCAGGGCAAGCACGCGGAUGAAUUCUUCGACGUGGUCAGGCCGCGGUCCGUCGAGGGCGAGGAGGCGGAUUCGUCGCCGUUCGACCCGGAGAACCCCUUGCAUCGAAAGCUGGAGGUCAAGCCCAGCUCUGGCGUCGAGCUUUUCGACGGCGCAGUCUGCGUCGCUGUGACUGAUGUUGUCAGACUUGGCGGGCCUGGCGAGCUGAUCUCGGGCCGCCUCUGCCAUGCCCUCGAGGAGUUAUUUGGCAAAAGUGGGCCUGCAGGGGACCAUGCGGAGUGCGACGCGUCGGCCGAGACCGUGAACAAGGUCUGCAUGGCCAUCAGCGCCUUGCUCUUCCCCGAGAAGGUACACCUCGCCAAGUUCUUCAAGGAGGUGAGCGACAAGGCCCACGAAAAGAACGCAUCGACCGACGGGCCCUUGGCAUAUGCAGUCGUUGCCGAGCUGAAGCUGGUGUCAGAGAUGGAAACCGUCAUGGAGGAUAGCGCGGACAUCCAACACUUCAAGGAAGAGCUUGAGUGCAUUGAGGAUUUCGAUCACAUGAAGAAGAUGUUCGACUUGGGCGAGAGGUUGCGUGACCAUGCGGUGCCAGGGUCAUACGGUCCUUUUCUUGUGAAGCUCGGGGGUUCCAUGAGGGUCAUCUCGACCAACCGCGCUGCUCCUGGGGGCUCCUUCACUGCGAAGGUACAGGACCUGCUCCAUCGCGCCAACUCGGUGAUCCCCAGCGUCGUGAACUGGGCCGACAUGAGCAACGCCAUAGAGAAACGGGAGAAGGAGCACUCGGUCAAGGACCAGGUGAGGGCUUUCAUCAAGAGCGUCUCCGAGUUGCAGUCUAGCGUCGGCGAGUCGCGGCUGAGCACCACCGACCAGGCCGCGAGUGCUGCAGUCAGAGCGGCCGCUGAGAAGGCGUUCGGCGCCAUCGUCGCGCUCAGCAUCAAGGAUGUCACCGACAAGACGCUUGGAAUAGCGAUUCCUUUGCUGGAGUUGCUCUGGGUGCCCAUGGGGGAUGGCUCGGACAAGAUCCCGCUGUUCAAAUGCUUCGAGGCUGUAUUGCAAGCCAGCGGGGCCCACUCCGACUGGCUCCAGACUCCGCCCGAGACCGAGGGGGUCCACGCCGCGGAUGUCGACUUCGACAAGUUGAAAAGAUUUGUGUUCAGCGCGCAGUUUGCGCGCAAGGCCUCUGACGCGCUCGGCGAGCAGAAGGCCUCGGUCUUCUCUGAUAUGAUUGACCAGUGGGCCGCCGGGAUUGACGAGGUCAAGCUCGAGAGAAUGUCCAAGGGGCGUGAGGCCCUGGACGCCGCCCUGGGGCUGCUGGAGGAGGUCGCGGCGGGAGGGGAGGGCGGGGCCUCUUGGUUUGGCAGGGCGAAGAAAUACAAGAGCUUUGGCGAACUGCUGAAGCUCGCCCAGAAAACUUGGAUGACUGCGGACGGCGAGAUGAUCAAACAACGUCGUGACACUGUCCUCGCCCGCGCACAGUCGUUCAAGUGUUACUCCGAUAUGUUUGGAGAGCCCCUGUCUGGUGACCUCGGGAAGCGCGUCGAUCAUUUGGUCUUGCUGGCCACGGGUUCCGAGAUCACAGCCAUCAUUGCCGGCCUGCGCUGCAAACGCGAGUCGGAACCCGUCAGACUGAAACAACAGAUGCGCAAGCACGUGAAGGCGAUUCUGUCAAACACGGGCGUGCACAAGCACAUGCCCGCGAAAUUGGUCAGCCACGUUUUUUGA